AUGUUUACAAUGAAUAUGGCUUUAACAAUAAAAUUAUUACUUAAACUUUAUCCAUCAGUUAAUCAUUGUAUAUUAACUGGAGAAUUUUUUCAAUUAGAAAAACAAUCAACACAAGAUUUAACUGUAUUUCUACAAUCAAUUAUUAGACAAAAUACACCAAGAAUAUGUCAAUUAAAACAAGAAUCACUUAUAUCAGCAGUUGGUUGUGCACUUCCUCGAGUCUAUUUUGAUGUUAUUGAUGAAGAAGGAAUUUUAGGAAAUGAUUGUAUUAAUUAA